AUGAAUUUGGGGGCAGCUGAGGCCUGGGAGGAGACUCCCCCACGGGUGCAGAUCAUCCAACAGCCGAUUCCCCAACAGCCGCUGACAAUAUUUCAGCAGAUCCCUGGGAUCCUGUCUCCUUUCACUCAGCCCGUAAGGCCAGGAUACGUCCGAGAAGAUCUGAUAGAGUUCAUGAUGAUACAAAACGCCCAGAUGCAUCAGGUGAUCAUGAACAACAUGACGAUGGCUGCACUGACAUCCUUUGGAUUCAGCCCAGCUCCCGCUGCUGCCCAGGUGAACAUGGUCCCUCUGCACACUGAAGAUGAAGAAGCAGAUGUGGUAUUCCACCACCACUACGCACCAUACCCCACCGCCACUCCCGGCCCCGCAUGGCAGCCCCUGGCGCAGCCUCCAGCAUGGGCACAGGAGCCCCCUAGCAUACGCCACGUCAGCCAGGACCCGCACCCAGCCCCAGCAGGCCGGACUCAGGAUGACAAAGUGGUCCCUCCGCCCCCACCGCCCAGCGCCACGGGGACAGUGGGAGCUGACGUCCCGCCGGCCGUGGAGUAUUACGACUACACCCAGGGCAAGCUGUGA